UCUCUACUACCUGCUUUGCUAUGGCUCGUACCAAGCAAACCGCGCGUAAGUCAACUGGUGGCAAGGCUCCACGUAAACAACUGGCUACCAAGGCUGCUCGUAAGAGCGCUCCAGCUACUGGAGGAGUCAAGAAGCCUCAUCGCUACCGUCCCGGCACAGUAGCCCUCCGUGAGAUCCGUCGCUACCAGAAAAGUACUGAGCUCCUCAUUCGCAAGCUUCCAUUCCAACGUCUGGUUCGUGAGAUCGCUCAGGAUUUCAAGACUGACUUGAGAUUCCAGAGCUCAGCUGUGAUGGCUCUUCAGGAAGCCAGCGAAGCCUACUUAGUUGGUCUCUUCGAAGACACCAACCUCUGCGCUAUCCACUCCAAGCGUGUCACCAUCAUGCCCAAGGACAUCCAGUUGGCUCGUCGUAUCCGAGGAGAACGUGCUUAAGUUAUCUCAAAAUCCAAAACUUAUAAACCAAACGGCCCUUUUCAGGGC